AUGGAAAGGAGGAGGAAAGAGUUGCGAUAUGGACUGAUACCCGUGGUAAAACAAGAAGAUUGGCAAAAUUUCAAUCCAACCGCGCGGGUCCUGGCCAAAUUGGGAACUCGGCAAAACCUCCUUGUUCGAACUUGUACCUUCUGCCUUCAUCCCUUCACCACGAAGCGCCCACAGACGCCCCUUAACCGUGGUGUAUGCUUAGCAUGUCAGGUCAAGCCACCUUAUGAUAGGGAUGAUGAGCAGGAUCCCGACGUAUUUACUAGCUACACAGACGCGCCGACUCCCCAACACCGAUGCUCCUGUCCUGUAGGUAAAUACCAGGCUCCUCCAGAGGAACUUACAGGGCGCGUCGAAGACCGCGCGGUCCAAAUCAACUUAACCCCCUACCAGCGCGACUAUUCUGUCACAGACACAGGACGUCGGACACGUCGUCAUUUUCUCAAACCUCAGGCCCCAUUGCCUCGAGACCGAAUGGUUCGUGCUAGAGUCAGGAUGAACUUCGGAGGCAGACGCCAAGCUCCGAAUCGAUCCUCAUCGUCCGCCUCAAGUGGUUCAUCUGGAGCCUCGGAUCAUAUCUUACUCCCAGUCGUCGGCGACGAUGAAUCUCACUGGCGUCAUCCACUUUCCGCAAGAGAUGAUCAGCACGAUAAAUCACCGAGUUGGUGGCCUUCGUCUAACGAGUUUGCUAGCAGUUCCCGGCUUGAAGAUAUAUCUGACUCACGUCCCCACUCUGUCCCUCUGUCGCGAAUCCCAUACUUGGAUAACAGGCAGAGAUAUCAGCCCUACUCUCGCCCGGCUCCACCCCUACGCAACACACAGGACAGAUCCAGGCUGCCCGUGAACUUCCAUGACAACUCGAUAUCUCCUCGUACUGACUCGUCCCUGGCUGAUGAUCCAGAGAAUUAUACCGUAACAACCAUCCAUCACAAUAGCCUCCCUUCUCCAGUACGAAACUCAAACGAAGAGAACCAUCGUUUCGACGGUCGUCGUGAUUCUUUCGCUAGCAUCAAUCGUCACCGCGUGUUACCUCCACUGACCUUCGAUCGCGAAAAUUUCCGUUUACCUUCCUCCCACCGACCAUAUAUGUACGAAGCUCCAACACCUGACAGUGAAGACUAUCGUGGUCGUCAUAAACGCUUCAGUCGAUAUCAGUUGCCGACUCCUCCUGAAAGCAGCUCACUCCACCCAUCCCCGCUUGCCCCCAACUUCCGUGGAUUUUCUGAUGAUCGAUCCUGGCGAACAGGCACUUCCCAUUAUCCAGCUCGGGAUGCUUCAAGUUCAAGAGAGAGGUGUCAUCGCGAUGACAGGGUGACGUCCGGAGGUCUACCGACUCCCAUCGGUGACUCUCCACUACACAGGGUACUAUUCGACGAUGACUAUCCCAACGACAGGAUCAGCAUAUCUAGCACAGCCGACAUAUUGUUGAGGGUGACUGGCGAGGUGGCAGGAAUGCGCGGGCUCGUUCCCAAUAAUGGUCAUACUCGUCCUGAGGUCCUUCGUAGAGCAUACGAGUGCCCUAAUCAGUCUUUGCGAAACAGUGAUAGGGUAUAUAGACCUUCAUCUAACAGGGACUGUACGGCCACAUCGACAAGUCUUCCCAGCCCAAUCGAUGACUUGCCAGUGCAUGCAGCGCUCUUAGACCUGAAUCAUACAAAUGACAGGUUCCCGACGUCUGCUACCUCCACUGUGUUGACCAGCAACAUCACAGCAUGCGAUGGCCCUCAUGACAGGACACAGUCGGAAGGUAGCACAGAUGAGGAGUCUAGCCGUCCUUCCUCCCCACAGCCGAUUGUUACGCCGUCUGUUUCCGAGCCUUUACAAUUUCAGGUGGCUGGCACGUCAUACAGUCCCCCAACAUCUGACGAAAAGGAGGUCGACGAGCUAGUCGAGGAUAAACCAGUGGAUAAGGGCUAUUCCCGGUUCCAGUUUAUGCCAAGCAACGUCUCCUCCCGGACCUAUAAAGCGAUAUUUUACCCCGGUGACAACGGACCUCCCAGUUCACCCUGGAAUGGGCAGACAAUGCUUGUUCUCGCCGAUCCAGACCAUUCUACUGUGUACACCGAUAUCGGAAGAGCGCGACUGCUUGAAAAGAUGCGCCAAGUGGAUUCACUGGUCACGGUCGCAUCUACCUCUGGAUUACAGUUCUUUUAUGAUCCCUCCAUGUCAGAGAUGGUUCAGAAUUCUCCGUAUCCGAGGUCCUUGCUCUUAUCGAAUGACCCUUUCCUCAAUUCACCCACCGUCGAAAUCCAAGAUUGUCCUUUCCCCUCAAACUCUGUUCUGGAGAUGCAUGAUCCCACCACAGAAUUUGCAUCCACUAGUUCUUCUUUAGACGAAGUCUUCACCACCGUCGAGCUCGACUCGCUUGCCGAAGAAUUAGAUCUGAUCAAUUUAGAUCCAGAAAAUGACAAACCUAAAGGUGUUUGAUGUACACCAACUCGGACAUGUUUUAUGAUUAUAUAUGGUCUUUUGAACGAAGUAAAAAUACUCUCAUGUUCCUAUUUAAUAUUGUUCUUUGAUUGAUUUGUUGUGCUGUCAAUAUCCUGCUUUUGCUUUCCUUUUGGAUUUGUCAUUGCUUUCUGCUACCGUGAAGUACAC